UUUACGGUGUGUGAACUUAUUAUGAACUCGUCUGACUGAACCAAGGGCAAAGUAGCCAUUUACUAACGCUGCAUUUCAAGGAUGUGUCGUUAAGAGACCCUACUAUUAGUAAGGCCUUAAGAACGGACAUGGCCAACUCUUUGAGGAGUGAGGUUUUAACGUUGUACAGGAAUCUACUACAUCUGGGACGGGAAUACCCCAAAGGAACAGACUACUUCAGGGAAUGUCUGAAAAGUGCCUUUAUGAAGAACAAAGAUGUCAAAGAUCCCACUGAGAUCAGAAAGCUUGUUGACCAAGGAGAGUGUGUAAUUAAGGAACUUGGGACUCUGUAUUAUCUCAGGGAGUACAGAGACAUGAAGAAGAUCUACCACAAAAGGGAAUUGUUAUCCUUGCUGAACAUAGGGAGAUCAACAGACUAAUAGGCUAGAUAUUGGGCUGCUAAAUCGUAAA